CGCACCAUCGCCGAUCCUAUUGCCCACUACAAUUUCCCCAUUUCUCUCACGUAAGUAGGCCACACCAUCGCGUCAUCUCUGCUCCGCCUCCUUCCCGCCGGCUUCCCGCCGUCCUUUCGCUGCCGCUGCCAUUACCGCCACUGCCGCACCGGCUGGCCGCGCUAAAACAGCAGCCGCGCCCGCGCUACGCUGACCGGCGACGGCGGCCGGCAAGACUGCCCGUUCGUCCGGUCCCUUCACUCCACCUUCGCGCAACGGCACAAGGCGGCAAGGGACCGGACGGGGCCGGCCUCGUGCUUUUUGUGCGUGGUUGGAGUGGUUGAGCGAGCCGAUGGCGACGAUCCCGGGCGGCGUGGCGCCAUGACGGCAGCCAUUUCAAUACGCGCCCCCCAGCAGCUGAAACCUGACAAGCUAACCAGAUUUUAGGUGGUUACCCGUGCCGUGUCGCCUGCCUCGCACACCCCUCGCCCUUCGCCUCUUUUCCACCCUGGACCCAGGAUAUAGUUCCCGCUCUCGUCGCUUGCGCUUGUAUCUUCCUCGUCUCAGGCCUCCCCGCCGCGCCUUUCGGUUCGGGUUCAGCGAAUUCAGCCACGAAGCGAGCGGGCGGCCGGAGGGUUCCUGGUAACGGAACUCGCUCGCUUUCCAGUUUCCAGGUCAGGCCAGGCGACGACCGCCGCCUCGGCAGUUUUCUAUUCCAGCGUCGCGGUUCCGGGUCAGAAAUUGGUUGCAGGCUCGCAGCCAGCCAGUAGCCCGGCGAGAUCGUCUUGUGACAGCGGCAAGUCCACGGCGGUUAGCAGGUUGAGCGAACCAGUGGCCUGGCUACUUACCAGCUUGCCGUGCCAUGUGCAACUGCGGUUCUUCCUGCUGAUCUCGGGAGCUGCAAGCCCGGCUCUCGGCCACCGUUCGUGGGCGUCAUGGCGGCGGACCACGGGGAGGGCGUCGGGCGGUGCAUACUGGUGGGGCUGCACAUGGACGCCGUCGGCAGGGACCUGCUCCAGUGGGCGCUCCACCAGGAGGUCAGGCGGGGCGACCGCAUCGUCGCCGUGCACAUUUACCGCAAGUCCGACAAGACGAACACACUGAAGCUGAUCAGGACGCUGGACGACUACCUGGCGGAAUACGAGGCUCUCUGCAACCAGAAACAGGUGGUUCUCGUCGGCCGGGUGACGCCGGGAAGCUCGAUCCAGAAGGAGCUGGUGAAGGAGGCCAAGCUCUGCGCCGCCAUGGUCGUGGUGCUUGGCGCCAAUAAGAAGUACUCCUUCGGAGGGUCGUCCUGCCUGGCCAAGUACUGCGCCAAGAAGCUGCCGCCGACAACCACCGUCGUCGCCAUCCAGGACGGCAAGGCCGUCUUCGUCCGGGAGGCGCCCAGGCCGCCACUUGGAGCAGAGCCAAAGCCGGUGCUCCGCACGGUGCUGCACCCGAGCGUGGGGCUGGAGCCCAAGGUGAUCAUCCCGAACCCGAACCGGCGCGCGCGGUCCAUGUCCAUGGACUUGGACGCCCCAUGCUGCGGUCACGGCGCCGCGGACGCGCCGGCAAGCAGGUGCUUGGACGACGCCACCAAAGGCGACGGCGGCGUGGCACCCGAGCAGAGGCUCGGGUGGCCGCUGCUCCGCCGCGCGCACGCCGCCGCCGCCGCCUCAGCUGCCCCUGUACAGACGCCCGGCGGCAAGAAUCAUGAGCCGCGGAAGCAGUCGGUGGUGCACUGGGUGAUGAGCCUGCCCCGGCGGUCCGCGCCGUCGGAGUCCGCCGAGCCGCAUGCCGGGGCGGGGCUCGAGUCGGAGCUCAAGGCAAUGCUUGGCGGCAGUGGCGCGCGGUGCCGGUGGUUCCGCUACGAGGAGCUCUACGACUCCACCAACCACUUCUCCGCAGAGAACCUGAUCGGGAACGGAGGGAACAGCAGGGUGUACAGGGGCAGCCUCGCCUGCGGCCGGCAGGUGGCGAUCAAGUUGUGCAAGGCGUCGGCGGAGGCGUCCAAGGACUUCCUCCGGGAGGUGGACAUCAUCACCAAGCUGCAGCACCACCGGAUCGUCCCCUUGAUCGGCGUCUGCGUGGAAGGCCGCAACCUCAUCUCCGUUUACCGCUACCUCCCCAGGGGCAGCCUCGAGGACAAUCUACACGGGGAAAGGUCAAAGCCGGCGCUGUCGUGGGAGAACCGGUACAAGGCUGCGCUGGGGAUCGCGGAGGCUCUGAGCUACCUGCACUCCGGCAGCCCGCGGCCGGUGAUCCACAGGGACGUCAAGUCGUCCAACAUCCUCCUCGCAGAAGAGUUCGAGCCUCAGCUAUCCGAUUUCGGGCUGGCCAUCUGGGCGCCGACGAAUCCGACGUCCGUGACGCACAGCGACGUCGUCGGCACAUUCGGGUACCUGGCGCCGGAGUACUUCAUGUACGGGAAGGUGACCGACAGGGUGGACGUGUACGCGUUGGGCGUCGUCCUGCUGGAGCUCCUGUCCGGCCGGAAGUCCAUCAGCAGCGACGGGUCGUCACCCAAGGGCCAGGAGAGUCUCGUCAUGUGGGCAACUCCGGUGCUUAGCAGCGGCAACAUCUGUGACCUGCUGGACCCGAGGCUGGACGUGAAGCACGACGAGGUGGAGGUCAGGCGGAUGGCCUCUGCCGCGUCGCUCUGCCUCCGGAGGUCGGCUCGACUCAGGCCGCCGAUAUCGCAGAUACUGAGCAUACUACGAGGAGAAAGCGCGGCGAGCAUCGCCGACCAGGGCGCGACGGAGCCGGACUGCGUGGACGACGAGGCGUACCCCGCCGCGAACGUGAGGUCGCACCUGGGCCUCGCGCUUCUCGACGUGGAGGACUCGGAGUCCAUCUCCAGCACGGAGCACAGCAGCGGCCUCAGCCCGUUGGAGGAGUACCUGCGAGAACGUUGGAGCCGAUCGUCCAGCUUCGACUGAUGAUUCAUGCCCGCGCUGCGAUUUUGUUUGUGGGCAUGUGUUUUAGUUUUUUUUUCCCUCUCCGCCGGUAAUUCACAUGUUUAUCGUAUGGUUUGGUUA